UUUAUACUUACGAUAGUGAAGAUUGUUUGAUGGGUCCUUGUUGACAGAAAAAUGAAAAAAUUAAUACAAAAGACUGAAGGUAAAACGAACGAAAAAAAAAUUAAAACCGCGGAGAAAAGGCCGAGCGUUCUACGAAACGGUCCAACGUGAAAUAAUAUAAUAUAAUAAAUAAAUAAAAACGCUCUCCGCUCAACGGUUCGAAAACAACAUGUCGACUGUUGACAACAAAAAGGCGGUGCGCCAUUGGUCCGGACGCGGUCGUAAACGUUACGCGCGGACCGUCGCUAUGUUCGCGGUUGUAAAUAAACGGCGAACGCUCUACGGCACCGAUACGCUGAUAAGACCGGGCCAUAACUGAUAACGAGUGACGUGUCUGGCAGAUUGCUGUACUGUAGAAAAACAUUACUCUUAGCAGCGGUGUCUGCGAUGUCGAUGUGUAAUGUGUAUAAUUCGGGUGUCGAAUACGAGACGUCGGUGUCACAACAUUUAGUACAUAUUGCAUAGAUAUUAUUGCAAAGUUUUGAUAUUUUUGUUGUCCGCGAUCAUUUUCGUUUGUUUGAUACUCAUUGCCUAGCCGAGACGUCAAUGGCGUUCAAACGGGACAAAAAAGAAGAAGAAGACGGUAACUGUUUGUUUCCAAUUCUACGCCCAAAACACCCUAUCACUACUUACUACAUCACACACUAUCUGUGUGUUUAAGUCCCCGCGGUUAUAAUAAUCGUCUAGUCAAAGUUUAAUGUGCGAUACGUCUAUGUGUUCGUCAUAAUAAUAAUAUUUAAAAAAAACUGUCGACGUCGUCAAUCAUGUAGUACACCUACCUACGUCCUACUACUACUGUGCAAACAAAAUUUUUUUUGUUCUUUUCUUUUUUGUAUAAUAAAUAAUAUUAUUUUUAUCAUUUAUUUUUUCAAUUCAUAUGUAUCGAUAAAACAUGUUCAAACGUAAAAGUAAAUGUGUUUUUAAAGGAGGCAAUCCGUAUCAAAAUCUCGAAAAGACCAGUGUCCUCCAGGAAGCAAGAACGUUCAAUGAUACUCCUGUGAAUCCGAGAAAAUGCACUCACAUCCUUUCCAAGAUACUCUAUAUGAUAAACCAGGUAUAUCCACGAGCACACCUAAUAGUGUUUUAUAUUUAAACAUACGUUAAUAUUUAAUAUAAAUUUAAAGGGUGAACAACUCGGAACGGCUGAAGCUACCGAAACUUUUUUCGCUAUGACCAAACUAUUUCAGUCUCGCGAUAUUAUACUGAGAAGAAUGGUUUAUCUUGGAAUCAAGGUUGAAUACUUAUCCUGUUUCUCAAUUUAUGACAUGUACCUUAUAAAAAAAAAACCUUAUAAUAUCAAAAGUAAUUUUUUUAGGAAUUGAGUGGAAUAGCAGAAGAUGUAAUUAUUGUAACUUCAAGUCUAACCAAAGAUAUGACAGGCAAGGAGGAUACGUACAGAGCAGCCGCCAUAAGAGCACUCUGCAGUAUUACUGAUGUAUGUAUAAUAUACAUAUAAAUUUGAAAUUUUAGUAUUUUUUUCCUUUCUUUUUAAGGUAUCUAUGUUGCAAACAAUUGAGCGUUAUAUGAAACAAGCUAUUGUUGAUAAAAAUCCCGGUAUUAGCAGUGCUGCUUUAGUGAGUUGUUUACAUUUGUGUAAAAAUACUUCCGCUACUGAUAUCGUUAAACGUUCACUUAACGAAAUACAAGAAGCGCUAAAUUCUGACAAGUUAGUCAAUUCCUUUUGAUUAUAACACAUUUUAUGAGUAAUCAAUAAUUAUUCAUCUUUUAAUAGUGUAAUGGUACAGUAUCAUGCAUUAGGUCUGUUGUUUCACUUAAGAAAAUCAGAUCGUUUGGCUGUCACAAAAUUAGUGGCUAAACUUACAAAAUCAAAUAUGAAAUCACCUUUUGCAGUUUGCAUGUUGGUAUGUAAUUUUUAUAAUAUUUAUAACUAUUAUAAUGAUUUAUUUAUUAUUAUUUGCAAACAAUCAUUGGUUGAAUAUAGUUACAAAAUUUACAUAUGUGUUUACCCACCCCUUUAAGCAAUGCUUGUGAUGGAGAUAAGGAGCACAUAAGAAUAAACACACAAGAUAAGCUAACAUUUAAGACUUACAAAAUAAUAUAAAGAAAGGAAUACACUAAAGCAAUGAAAAACUAACAAAAUAAAAAGAGAAAAAAAAAAUUAAUAAAUAUUAAAUAUAGUUAACUUUUUACCAAUUUUAGAUUCUGAGUGGAAGGAAAAAGCUUAUGGUUUUACAAAUCUUACCAAAUUGUUUUUUUUUUUUUUUUCUAUUAAUAACUUUUCUACCAGCAAUUUUGCUCCAAUUUAUAAUGAUAGCAAUGUUUCUAAAAGCAAAUUUAACUGAGAAGAUACUUUAAGGAGGGCAUUUUUCUAUUUUCUCAAGAAUUUUUUAGGCAAAUGUGAAAAACUGGAAAAAUCAGUACAAUAUUAAAGAAAACAGAAAGUUUGUUUAAUUAUUUUAUUUAAAUUUGACAUAUAUUGUUGACAAAGCAUCACUAUCAGCUGAACUCCACUCAGAAUCGUUUUUUCAUAAGCAAUGGUUUAUCAUUGCUUACAGGUGUACAUGAAAUUACCUAAAACAGUAGCUGCACCCAUUCCCAUUAUCCUAGGAUGCCUUUUUACUCUUAAAAAUUAAAUUAUUUUACACAUACAUUAUCAUAAUUUAACUAAUGAGAUUUUUUAAAGCUAUAAAGGUCAAUGUACAGAUUAAUACUUAUAUUUAGAGAUCUACAUUACUAAACUGUUAUAUUUAAACUACUUCUAAGACCAAAGGACUUAUUACACUUAGUUUUGACCACAUUAAUAUUUUUCUUAUAUCUUGUAUUAUAAUCAUGCUGACAAUUACGAAUAUGAUUUUUAUUAUUGUUUGAUAAAAGUAAAACAUUUUAUUUUAAAAUGCAUAUCAAAAUUGAAUAUACCAAAAUAUGUGGAAAUUAGAUCUGUGCUACAGAAAUUAGGUAGUCCAAGAAUAUAUUUAAUAAGUUUGUUUAAAGUGAUCUUUAGUGAGGCACGAAUUAUAAAUCCCUCCCCAUAUUUCAAUACUGAACGUAAUAACUGAUUGAACAAGAGCCAUAUAUAUUAAUUGUAGGUUAUGUAAGUCAAAAACAUUCCUAAUAUUUAUGAAUAUGUAAAAAUGCUUCCUAACGAUUGAUAUAACAUAAUUAAUGUGUAUUUUCCAUUUUAGUUGAUAGUCCAUGUGUAAACUUAAGUACUUAACACUAUCAACUUUCCCAAUAUCUUUACAGGAACAAUUUUCCAAUUCAUUAGAUACAUAUAACCCUGAAUGAUUAAUUAUUUUGUAUUCAUUAUUAAUGGUUACAUUUUGUAUAUUGAAUACAUUGUGUUUAGAUUUCUCAAAAUUGAGUUCUAGAAAAUUAUUGUCAAACAAUAACUUUAUUAAUUUAAAAAUUUGGGUAGCUUUGUUGUACAGAAUUUCAGUAUUUUUAUUUUUUGUAAUAUAAAUUCAUAAUCUACAAAACUAAUUAAUUUGGCUAAUAAAUUUAAUAAUAAACAUCAAAAUUUGACUAAAAUGUAUUUAAAACAAAUUAGAUAAGAAUGGCAUGUAAACUAUUGGAAGAAGAAACUAUUCCAAGAUCAGAAUCUGCACUAUUCGAGUUUGUGGAGUCAUGUAUUCGCCAUAAAUCAGAAACUGUCGUAUAUGAAGCUGCACAUGCAAUUGUACAUUUGAGUGGUACCGGAGCCAGACACUUGGCACCUGCUGUCUCUGUAUUACAAUUGUUCUGUUCUUCGGCUAAACCUACAUUGCGGUUUGCUGCAGUUCGAACUCUCAAUAAAGUAUGAAAAAUAUUCAUUACUGAAAGUACAACUUAAUGAAGAAUAAAUGUAAUUUAUAUUUUAGGUCGCUAUGGAACAUCCAACUACAGUAACUGCAUGCAACUUAGAUCUUGAAAAUUUAAUUAGUGAUUCUAAUCGUUCAGUAGCUACCUUGGCUAUAACAACAUUAUUAAAGACUGGAGCAGAAGCAUCUAUCGAUCGCCUAAUGAAACAAAUUGCAACCUUUGUGAAUGAAAUUUCGGAUGAAUUUAAAAUUGUUGUUGUUCAGGUACAAAUUUGUUUAAUAAUUGGAUAAGUAAUAUUAUAAUAAAUAAAGUUUUUAAUUAAUAGGCUAUAAGGGCAUUGUGUUCAAAGUUCCCUCGUAAACACACUGUUUUAAUGAACUUCUUAUCCGGUAUGCUUAGAGAAGAAGGUGGACUAGAAUACAAAGCAUCAAUAGCUGAUACGAUUAUAGCCAUUAUAGAAGAAAAUCCCGAAGCAAAAGAAACUGGUUGGUUGUAUUUAUAGUAUCAAAACUGCUUGUGUUAAUUUAUUAUCAAGUCAUAUACUUAAAAAAUAUAUAACUAUAAAAGAAUACUGUCAUUAUAUGACACUAAUUUGUAGAUUAUUAUUGAUUUUUUAUAUUUUAAUUGUUAAUAAAUUAAUAGCCUAUUAAUAUUAUUUAUUUUUGAUUUAUUAGGACUUGCUCAUCUCUGUGAGUUUAUUGAAGAUUGUGAGCACACUAGUUUGACCGUUCGUAUAUUACAUUUAUUAGGCAAAGAAGGACCUCGUACCAAACAACCAUCGAGGUAUUUUUUUUUUUUUUUUUUUUUUAUUAAUUUUAUUUAAAAUUGACUCCAAAAAAAUAUAUAUUUUUUUUUUUAGGUAUAUAAGAUUUAUUUAUAAUAGAGUAAUACUAGAAGGUGCUGUUGUACGAGCUGCAGCAGUUGGAGCAAUGGCAAAGUAUGCUGCUAACUGUUCAAUGCUUCAUGACAGUAUAAAAGUACUAUUGAAAAGAUGUUGCCUCGAUGUUGAUGAUGAAGUUCGAGACAGAGCAACAUUUUAUAGUCAAUUAUUGAGUUCUAACAACAGUCAGUUAAUCACUGAUUAUUUGUCACAUCCCAUGCAUGUAAUUUAUUUUUUAAAAUAAAACUACUAAUAAUUUUGCCAUACGCUAAUUUAAAUAAUUAUAAUAAUUUUAAAAAAAAUACAUUCAUUAGGUUUCGUUACCAGUUUUAGAGAAAACUUGUCAAGAUUAUGUUAUAAAUCCAACAAAAGAGCGUAUUAACCUUAAUGAACUGCCAGCCGAUACUGUAAUUAAAAAUGUUGGCAUUUCCCAAGAACCUAUUAAAAAACACACUGUUGAUAAUGUCAAACCUGGUAAAUCAUACGUUUUUGUCAUAAUAUCCAUUUUAAUUAAAACAAAAAAGUAUAAUUCAGAUUUUAAAAUAUGUAUAGUUAUUUGUUUUUAAUAAUUUUUUAUUAAAUAAUAAUUACUUAGGUGUAUAAUCACAUUUAAUUUUAUAAAGUAAACAGUAUUAAGACACAGAUAAAUUAUUAGUGGUAAAAUAUGUCUUAAAAAUUAAUAAUAUUUGUUGACUUGAAUAUAGUUGAAGCAAGUGUCAAAAAUGUGGAUGGCCAAAAAUUGUCUGCUCUGCUUGAUCUGAAUGUUGGUAAUUUAUUCUGUUCAUCUGAUAGUUCUAUGUUAACCGAAGCAGAAACAGAAUAUGUAGUACGCUGUACUAAACACAUAUUUAAUCAGCAUUUGGUUCUACAAGUACGCAUGCAUACUGUUACAGAGUUACAUUAUUUUUAAGAACAUUUUUGAAAGAAUAAAUUAUAAUUUUACACGUUUUAGUUUGAAAUCACUAACACGUUAGAUGACCAAAUUUUAGAAAAUAUUUCCAUUGCUCUUGAUAUAAGUGAAGGAUUUCAAUUCAUCAAUGAAUUUACUUGUCCAUCCAUAAAGUAUCAAGAAACCGGCAAUGUUUACGUUUGCUUAAAGUUUCCUGAUGAUUCUGUUGAUACUAUUGGUAAAAUCAAACCUAAUCGUCUAUUUUGUACUAUUCUUGGUUUAUGUUGAUUAUUUUAUAAUUUCAGCAAGUUUCACUGCCAAAAUGAAAUUUAUUGUUAAAGACUGUGAUCCUAUAACUGGUGAAGUUCAAGAUGAUGGUUAUCAAGAAGAUUAUAGGGUAUAUACUAUAUAAUAUUUAUAUUUAAAAUAACUAAUUCUAGUACAAUGAAUUAAAUUUGUGUUUCUUUUAAAUUUAAACAAUUUUAGUUAGAAGAUGUGGAAAUGACUCUGAAAGACCAAAUGUUACAAGUCAAAUUAGGAAAUUGGGACACUUUAUGGGAGGAAGCUAAGGGUGUUUGUUUUGAAGUUCAAGAAACAUUUGCACUGCCGUUAACAGACGGGGGCUUAUCAGAUACCAUUAAUCAAAUUAUAUCAUUUCUUGGAAUGGCUGCUGCUAACAAUACUGACAACGUACAUCCACCAAAUAAAUCAUCCCAUAUAGUUAAUUUAGCUGGUAAUUAAUUAACUACUACCGUAUCACUUCCAAUAUUUCAUAUUAUUUCUAUUUAGGUAUGAUGCGAGGGAAUUGUAAAGUUCUGGCUCAAGCAAAAUUAGCUUUAUCAGAUAAUGUCGUAAACAUUCAACUCACGGUGCGUUCUAUGGAUGAAAGAGUUGCUGAACUUGUUGUAUCUACACUCGAUUAAAGAGUUUAUAAAUUCAUUUUUUUUGUUUUUUAAAUACUCAGGACGUAAGCCCAUUCUAUACAUUUCUGGGUUUAUAUUAAUCUAUUCUUUAUUUUAAAUAUAUAUUUUAUGCACAUAAUAUGUGUAUUAGUAAAUAUUA